AUGGUUAGUUUUACUGAUGCUAUCCUAGCCUGGAAUUUCAAUUUUUCAAGGACUCUAAAUGAUAAUGAAGUGAUUUUGGUAACAGAGCUACUUCAACUCAUCAAUAAUCCUGUGUUAACUAAUUCUGGUGAAGACUCUCUUACUUGGAGGCAUGGUAACACUUUCUCUAUCAAAUCUUGCUAUAAUGCUAUUGAAGAAGAAGGUUUUAUUAGGUUCCCUCAUAUGAAUAUUUGGAAUUCAAGAAUUCCUCAAAAAGUGUCUUUUUUCACUUGGUGCCUGUGUUAUAAUUCUGCUCCAACUUUGGAUACUUUGAGGAAUAGGAUUGUCAUCAACGGUUGUAUCUUAUGUAGGAAAGCUGCUGAAUCUAAUACACAUUUGUUUCUGCAUUGUGAAGAGACUAUGAAGCUGUGGCAUUUCUUUUUCAACAACUUUAAUUUAGUGUGGGUUUUCAGAGAAGAUGUCAAAGCUAAUAUAUGGGAAUGGAGCAGUAAGAAAGGUAAUUCUUUGAAACAAAGGUUAUGGGGCUUGAUUCCUUCUGCCAUUUGGUGGACUGUAUGGAAUGAGCGCAAUAAUAGGAUUUUUAGGGGCAAAUUCAAGAAUUCUGAUCAGAUCCUUCAAGAAGUAAAAGUUUUGCUUUAUAAUUGGUCUAUUGGCACCAAUACUUUUGCUGGGUUUACUCUAAAUACAAUGCUUCAUAAUUUGAAUGUUUUGUUAGGAAGCCAUUAG